GUCAUCAUGAUUGGCCUUCCAAUUCUCGUGAUCUCGUUGGUUAGUUGCCGUUGUUGGUGCCACUCUGUCGAGGUUCACUUCAUCGAGCGUUCACAAUCUUGCGAUUCCUCUAUUGUUCUUCUCUGAUCUUGAACUACUCAUUCCGGUAAAGCUAUAACCUUUAUCUUUGUUCUUGGGUAUUUCGUUUUUGCUAAUUCUGUAGAAAAAAUAGAGGAAUAGCAUCUAGUUUCUUCUUAACUAUCCAUCUCUGAAAUUAUUUGAUAUGCUAUUCAAAUUUGGGAACGAAAUUUCUGUAUUCUUUGCAAAUUCAAAUCUGUUUUUCUAAUGUUUUACAUUUUGGUAGCUUCUUGUUGGUUGGAAAAUGAUGGGUUAUUGCUAGAUUUGAAUUUUAGCAUUUUUGAAUGGUUUAAUUCAACUAGUGAAUUAAACAACUACUCCAAUAUUGAUCGACGCAGCCAUAUUUAAUGUCUACCCAAGAUACAUUGAAUUUUCCUAAUCUAUUUUAAGAAUUGGAGGUUGCUAUCAUUUUGAACAUUGACUUCUAGAAACUUCUUUCCAUUUGCUUUGUGAAAUAGUAUUUUUUUGCUAUAUUAUUUGUUUUUCUUGUUUAGUUUCUGUGGUUUGCAAUAUUCUCCUGCAUCUGGCAGUCAACCAUUUUUGCUUUUAUCCUACAACUUUCAUCAGCAUUGUCAAAGGACUUGACCAUUUUCAUUAUCUCAUUAAUACAGUCUGGUUGCUGCUUUGAUUUGUGAAUACCAUCUUCCUUGUUCUUGUCGUAGCACCUCUUAAGCUAGCUAGUCUAAAAUGAGAUGAUAAACACAACCGUGAGCUUGGCUUCAAGCUAUAACUAAAUAUGUGUGUGUGAAUACACACUUGUAUUGAAGCUAGUCUCAGUACAUCCCUACUACAUGCGUAGAGGUCCACAAUUCUCAUUAGAUCCAUAACAUGUUAAACCAAAACAAAACACUCACCUACAUAUAUAUGAGAUCAUGCAUAACAUAAUCCAUUUAUAAAUUAAAUCAUCAUUAGAAGCAUAUAAAUAUUUAUGUGUCUCAUUCAGCUUACAUUGAAUCUCUUAAGUUUGUCUUUGGACUUUGGCUGAUGACUAUAAAAGAAGUGGCGUGGGAGCUACUUUAGGGAUGGUAAUAUGGUUUUUCUAUCAUGUUAGCAUAUGAUCUUAGUAUGUAUAUAUAGAAUAUGUGGUAGGUGUUUGGCUAUGGUGCUGGUUUAAGU